CGCUAUAACGAGGGGGGACUAGUGCCGGUGCCCCAAAGUCCCCAAUUCCAACUCCCCCAUCCAAAUCCAAUCGAAAGUUCAGCUCCAUCCUAAUCGCCGUCUGGGCAUCAUGAGUUCCUCCGUCGUGGUCUUCGGCAAUGACGACGAGGACGCCUGCGUGGGCGAGAACUCCGUCGUGGUCUCCGGCAAGGGCAAGGGCAAGGGCAAGGACGCCGUCAAGCCCUCGUGCACGGUGCAGUAUUCCUGCGUCAAGCGGCUUCGUGAGCGGCGCCUCCUCUCCUUCCUCCUGGACCAAGGCUUCCACGGCGCCUUCAGAGAGCUGACCCGCGAGACGGCGGCGCUGUUCGACCUGGUGCGUAUGCGGCGGCUGGUGAGGCGGGGCCGGUGGGAGGAAGCCCUCAUGUACCUCAACACCUUCCUGGCGCCGCUCAAAAGUGAGCGGAGGAGCCUGCGCGCCAAGAUCUUCCACAACUUCCUCCUCAUGCACCACCGCUUCGCCAACGUCGUCGCCGGCAACAAGGACAUGUACCUGGACAAGCAGUACGCCGACGGCCGCAGUAACUCCACACAAGCCGAGCGCAGGUUCCGUUCCAUGAACUACUCCAUACUCGCCCCGGACGCCGGCCAGCUUAGGGCCGCCAUCGACUGGGACAGAGUGAGGAGCCAUGCAGAGUUUGUUGUCCGCAGGAUGGCUCUCGCUACUCCAGAGGUGAGACGCCCGAUGAUGUUGCCGUCCCGCUGCAUGAUGCCGCACGAUGUGCUCCCCAUCGGGACCGGCCAGCAGUAUUGCAGACAGUUUAGGGAAUCGAGCGUCGAUGAGACUCUACAGGCUGGCCUACCUAGAGGGUGCAAACUAAACUAUGACCUUCAACCAACUGGGAAAGAAGAUGCUUCUGAUGCUCCGUUUGCGCAGACCAUGCUCGGCACAUCCACAGAUAAUGUUAAAGCCCAUGCCACAUCAUUAGUGAAAAUUCCUGGUACUCGAAUCUGCCAGAUCAUUACUGGUACCUUGAAAGUUCAUGCUAAAAACCCUGGGAUCUCCACUCUGACGAAUGCAGAUACAAAGCGUUUCACACAAGCAGGUUGUCAUGCUCAGAAUAAAAUGGAUGGUCUGCCAACUGUUGAGGAUGAUAUUUAUUCAAAAUCGGGAAGCAAUUCUUGGUAG